AUGCUUCGAAUUAAACAAGACUCACAGGUAGUUAUUCAACGUUCGGAAGAACAACAGUACGUACCUCUCAAAAGAGUGAAUGUUGAGGCCACUAUUCGAUCGUUUGCUGCCGAUGUAAAGAUUACUCAAGUGUUUCGAAAUGAUGAAAAAACCUCGAUCGAAGCGGUCUACUGUUUUCCUAUUGAAGAACAAGCAGCUGUAUAUGCUUUUGUGGCACGCAUCGACGAUCGUGAAAUUGUUGCUCAAUUGAAAGAGAAGAAGGAAGCUCAGCAAGAGUAUACUGAAGCACUCCAGCAAGGUCAUGGAGCUUAUUUACUUGAACAAGAUGAAAAAUCGCAAGACAAUUUCAUCAUCAAUAUUGGCGCUCUUCUACCUGACAAAGAAUGUGAAGUUACUAUCUCGUAUGUCUCUGAAUUGGAUCUGGUUGAAAAUGGUACUAAAAUUCGCUUUGUUGUUCCAACAACCAUUGCACCUCGCUACAAUCCUGAUAAGGGUAGAGUCAGUUCUCCAGCUGGUACUACCUCCAAAUAUGUUCAAAAAAGUCCGUACACCAUUGGAUUUCAAUGUCAGAUUGAAAAAGUAGGAGUCGCUCGUGUCAGUUCAGCAUCUCAUCCAAUUCAAGUAGAUCUCGGCAAACAAGAUGCUUAUAUAAUUACGUUCGCUCAAGAGAACACUCAUUUGGAUCGUGAUAUUCUCGUUGAUAUCGAACUAAGCAAGAAUCGAUCAAACACGAUUGUUGCUGUUGAAUCUGGUGCAGUGAUGACCUCAUUUACACCGAGUGAAGAAGAUUGCCAGAAGGCUGUGAAUAAUGUUGAGACUACGAAUGAAUUUAUCUUUAUUGUCGAUUGCAGUGGAUCAAUGGAAGAUGAAGGCAAAAUUGGUCUGGCUCGCCAAGCCAUGUUACUCUUUCUCAAAAGUCUUCCAGUCAACUGCCAAUUCAAUAUUGUUCGAUUCGGCUCUACCCAUCAGACUUUGUUUAACGACAUCACUGCCGUCUACGACGAGAAGAAUGCUGAAAAAGCUGAAGGGUUAACCAACAGAAUGAAAGCCGAUUUGGGUGGUACUGAACUGUUGAGUCCUCUUCAAUGGCUCGAAGCAAAUCCUCCAGCUCAGGGUCGCGCACGUCAAAUUUUUCUACUUACCGAUGGUGAAAUUUCAAAUGUCGAUCAAGUGCUCGAUCUUUGUCGUUCCAUGGCUACUUCUUCUCGCAUUUUCUCUUUUGGUUUGGGUCAUUCUCCUAGUCGUUCGCUUGUGAAAGGCUUAGCUCGAGCGACGAAUGGACGUUUUGUUUUCAUUCCACCGAACACCAGUGUCGACGUGCAUGUCGGUGAACAAUUACAAAAAGCUCUACAGCCUUGCAUUACAAAUGUGCAAGUCAAAUGGAACUUGGGCACGACAGCAUUAAUGAGUGUGCCGACAAAAAUACCACCUGUUUACAUUAACGAUCGACUUAUUGUCUAUGCUCUCGUUGAAGAUAAGUCGCAUGAAUUUGAUCAUAAUUCGAGUGUCGAAUUAAAGACGGAACAACAUCGACUGGGUGAGGCAAGCAUCACUCAAGUGCCCAGUGUGAGCAACAACGCGACGAUCGCUCGACUGGCUGCUAAAGCACUUAUUCUCGAAUUGCAACAUUUGAAAUUGCCACCAUCAUCCAAUAAAGGUAAUGUAGGCUCACUGCAACCUCGAUUUCAACAGUCAGCUGUAUCAAAAGAUGAAAAUACAACAACAAAAGAAACUACACAGAAACGCAUCAUUGAUCUGUCACUUAAAUAUAAUAUUCUCAGUCCUCAUACGGCUUUUGUCGGCGUUGAGAAACGACUAAAUGCUAGCAAUGCAGAUAUGGUUUUGCGCGAAGUGCCUAUUCAAAUAUCUGCAGAUGAUCAACAUUUAGGAAUACAUUCUUCAAUGCCUUUCGCUAGUACUGCAGGUUCAAUGCGCUGCUUUGCGGCAAUGCCCCAAAUGAUGAUGACGUGUAAUUCGUCAACCAGUUUUCUCAAGAGAGCUGCUCCACACGGCGCGACCGGUAUCCGUUAUAAGAAGGAUGUCUGCGUGGAAUUAGAUUCAUUUAGCAAUGAUGAUAUAGUUGAACCGUGGAACGUUCAUGGAUCGUCGAGUGCCACCAACCAAAAAGCAAAGGAAGAGAUGUGGCCGACGGAUAAUCAAGAUAUUGUUCGUCAUUUGAUCAACAAACAAAAAUUUGAUGGCUCCUGGGAUUUGGAUUCAAAGAGCAUUGAACAACUGACCGGUAAAUCGCUGAGUGACUUUCAACAGUCCACAAAUAGCCAAGUGCUCGUCUCGGCCAUUGUCAUCGCCGUACUUGAAACACGAUUUGCUGCGUUGUCGUCAAUGUGGCAUGGUGUUGUGCAAAAAGCACGUAAACGUCUCAUUGAUCUUCUUGGCAAAGAUAGCAAAAAACUUGACAGUUUACUCGAGGACAUUCGCAAAAAUUUAUAA